UUAAAAAAUGCGUUGUGAAGGUCAACAAAGUCACUUCUAGAUGAUUUGAACAUGAUGAGAGAAUGUUAAUAUCAGUCCCGUGACUUGAAUGGGAUUUUUGUAAAUGUGGGAGUGUUCGACAUAGUAGCUGACUUUAUAGGCAAGUCGAGAUCUACAAAUCACCUUGCAUGAUAAAUAACUACUCAAUAUUAUUUAUAGAUCAUUCAGUCAGUCACAAUUUACCCAUAAUACAUCAGUUUUGAUGUUCUCGAACACUGUCUGAGUGACUGCUGAAGGAAGCCUUCUCUGCAUAAGCUUCUUGGUCCCUGACAUAGAGUUGGAUAGAAGGUACAUCUUGACAUCUUUGUCAUGAUGUCUUCUGGAGCAGAAUGAGCAGCAUCAUUGAGGGCUAUUUCCGUAUUAAAGUAGUUAAUAUCUUCAACUUCCAUAAGUUUAAUAACAGUCGGUAUACCAACUGAAAUGGUGUAUUCAAUGGCUUUAGUCAUGCUAAAAUGGGCUUUGAAGCAAGUACGCCCUCUAUUCAACUCUAUUGUCCCUGACUGCUUCAAUGUUGUGUCAACCAGACUUCAAACCUCACACUCAGUGUCUAUUUAUAUAGACUUCCAGUAAGUUAACUUGCAACACAUCUCCCCUUCACUCUGUAAGUAUGCUUGAUGAUAUCUUAAAAUAUGUUUAUUUUAUCAUUUGUUUGUUUCCAUGAACUUCUGUAUCCUGUUGUGCGCAUGGCGAUGCUAUUAUAAUGUAUGUUUUGUUUUUCUGUUAUUUACAGUAUACUCUGUAGAUGUAUUUCUGCGUAUUUAAUCUGAUACAGUAUUGUACAUGUGGUUACACAUAUAAUACUUUAGCAUGGUAUUUUAAGGACUCUGAAAGCAAUAGAUUGUUGUGGAGACUUGUUUGAAAAUGACCUAAAUUAAGACUGAAAGUAACAGUGAUUAGGUGGAUGCUUCGUAAGAGCUUUAGGAGUAGUAUUAACAUGAGACACAGUGAUGGUGGGUUGUGUUUAGGAGUAGUAUUAACAUGAGACACAGUGAUGGUGGGUUGUGUUUAGGAGUAGUAUUAACAUGAGACACAGUGAUGGUGGGUUGUGUUUAGGAGUAGUAUUAACAUGAGACACAGUGAUGGUGGGUUGUGUUUAGGAGUAGUAUUAACAUGAGACACAGUGAUGGUGGGUUGUGUUUAGGAGUAGUAUUAACAUGAGACACAGUGAUGGUGGGUUGUGUUUAGGAGUAGUAUUAACAUGAGACACAGUGAUGGUGGGUUGUGUUUAGGAGUAGUAUUAACAUGAGACACAGUGAUGGUGGGUUGUGUUUAGGAGUAGUAUUAACAUGAGACACAGUGAUGGUGGGUUGUGUUUAGGAGUAGUAUUAACAUGAGACACAGUGAUGGUGGGCUGUGUUUAGGAGUAGUAUUAACAUGAGACACAGUGAUGGUGGGUUGUGUUUAGGAGUAGUAUAAACAUGAGACAGUGACGGUGGGUUGUGGUUUUGUUGGUUUAAAUGCACACACUCAGUAUCACUUCCCUGUUCUCCUUUCCUGUCUGUCCUCUGACAGACCUCCUGAGUCAUAUCAGAAAUCUGUAUAUACACAUUAGACUUUACAGAACAUGUUCCUCUGUAGCUCAGUUGGUAGAACAUGGCACCUGCAACGUUAUGGGUUUGCUUCCCAGGACCACCCAUAGGUGCUCUAGUCUAGAUCACUGAACCUUCAGUACCACUUUGAUGCAGCCGAUGAGGAGUGAUGGUCAUGGGUGUGUAAAUGGAAUGGGUUCUAAUUGAAUAACAUCAUGGAACUUUGACCUGUAUAUACAGAACUCAGAAGGGCAAGGUUUUCACUCACUACCAGACAGUUGACUCACUGUACAAGACCUCUCCUCUUCACUUCACUCUACUGCAGGGUGGGAGAUGCAACAAUGGCCUUGAGAACAGCAGGAAGUGUGUUGGUGGUCUUUCUCUGGUCUGUGACAGUGGUACUGGGUCAGGAUGGCUGGAGUGUGACUUACACCACUCAGAGUAUCUGUACCUUGAAGGGGUCAUCAGUGGAUCUGACCUGCUCUUAUACAUAUCCCAGAGGUAAAGUCACAACAACCUUCUGGUUCACUAAAUGGGGGACUGGUGUAGAACCUGAAGAUCUAGGUCAGGACCCAGAGUAUGCAGGUCGUCUGGAGUAUCAUGGAGAUAAGAAGAAAGACUGUACCCUGAGAAUCACAGACCUGAGAGAGAGAGACUCAGCUAUGUACAAAUUCAGAUUACUAACAGAUCAGGAAGGAGGGAAAUAUUCUGGAAGUCCUGGAGUCUCUCUGUCUGUCACAGGUCUUCAGGUGAAGGUGACUGGUGGACAGCAGGAUAAGACACUGACCUGUAUCACCACCUGUACUCUGACUGACAACCCCACCUACAUCUGGUACAAGAACGGACAAAAUCUAGAUGAGAGCACCUCCCCCCAGUACAAAGGCCCAGUCUCCAAUGACUAUGAUGACAGUUAUUCCUGUGCUGUAAAAGGUCAUGAGGAUCUCCUCUCUCCUGCAGUGUGUGUUCAGGGUCAGAGCUGCAACAGAGUGACUUACACCAAGAGGAGAAUCUGUGUCUUAAAGGGGUCAACAGUGGACAUAUCCUGUACUUAUGGUGGUUAUUAUUACACCACAUCAUCAAUCUGGUUUAGAAGUGAUAAGUCGACCCCUGAAGACCUAACCAGAGACCCAGGGUAUGCAGGUCGUGUGGAGUACACUGGAACACACAGAGGUCCCUUCACCCUGAGAAUCACAGAUCUGAGAGAGGACGACUCAGCUGAGUAUCGCUUCACUUUUAAAACACACAACGUUGAAUGGGGUCAUAGUUUCCCAGGAACAACUCUGUCUGUCACAGGUCUGCAGGUGAAGGUGACUCCUGCUGCAGAGGGACAGAAGACACUGACCUGUAUCACCACCUGUACUCUGACUGACAACCCCACCUACAUCUGGUACAAGAACGGACAGCAUCUAGAUGAGAGCACUUCCCCCCAGUACAAAGACUCAGUCUCCAAUGACUAUGAAGACAGUUACUCCUGUGCUGUUAAAGGCCACGAGAAUCUCCACUCUCCUGCAGUGUGUGUUGUGGGUGAGAGCUGUAUGAAUGUGACUUACACCCAUCAGAGUAUCUGUGCUUUGAAAGGGUCAACAGUGGACAUAUCAUGCUUUUACACACAUCCCAGUUGGCAUAACAUCACAGAAGUGUCCUGGUUCAACAAAUGGGAGUCUGGUGUCACUAAAGACCUCAGCCUGAACCCAGAGUAUGCAGAUCGUGUGGAAUACCAUCGACAAACAGAGAAGGACUCCACCCUGAGAAUCACAGACCUGAGAGAGAGUGACUCAACUGAGUACAAGUUCAGAUUUACAACUGAUGAGGCAAGAUGGGGGUACAGCUUCCCUGGAACAACUCUGACUGUCACAGGUUCUCAGGUGGAGGUGACUCCUAAAUGGAGUUCAGAGUCAAAGACACUGACCUGUAGCACCACCUGUACUCUGAGUAACCCCAACACCAUCUAUAUCUGGUACAAGAACGGACAACAUCUAGAUGAGAGCACCUCCUCCCAGUACAAAGGCCCAGUCUCCAGUAACUAUGACGAUAGUUACUCCUGUGCUGUAAAAGGUCAUGAGGAUCUCCUCUCUCCUGCAGUGUGUGUUCAGGGUCAGAGAUGCAACAGAGUGACUUACACCAAGAGGAGAAUCUGUGUCUUGAAGGGGUCAACAGUGGACAUAUCCUGUACUUAUGUUGGUUAUUAUUCCACCACAUCAUCAUUCUGGUUUAGAAGUGAUAAGUCGACCCCUGAAGACCUAACCACAGACCCAGGGUAUGCAGGUCGUGCAGAGUACACUGGAACACACAGAGGUCCCUUCACCCUGAGAAUCACAGAUCUGAGAGAGGACGACUCAGCUGAGUAUCGCUUCACUUUUAAAACAGACAACAUUGAAUGGGGUCAUAGUUUCCCAGGAACAACUCUGUCUGUCACAGGUCUGCAGGUGAAGGUGACUCCUGCUGCAGAGGGACAGAAGACACUGACCUGUAUCACCACCUGUACUCUGACUGACAACCCCACCUACAUCUGGUACAAGAACGGACAACGUGUAGAUGAGCCCACUUCCCAACAAUACUCUAGUAAUACCCUAGUAGUGUUGGGUCAUUCUGUGGACAGUUACUCCUGUGCUGUAGAACACCAUGAGGACCUCCACUCUCCUGCAGUGUAUGCUCCAAAGAACACCUCAGUGUCAGUCAGUCCCUCUGGUGAAAUAGUGGAGGGCAGUUCAGUGACUCUGACCUGCAGCAGUGAUGCCAACCCACCUGUGGACAAAUACACCUGGUACAAGAUGAACGUAGCCUCACCAAAAGCAUCAGGACAGAGUUACAGCAUCACUAACAUCAGCUCUGAGGACAGAGGAGAAUAUUACUGUGAAGCUGAGAAUAAAUAUGGACGACUCAACUCUUCUUCUGUGUCUGUGGACGUUCAGUAUACUACAGCAUUGUUUCUCUGGGUUCCUGUGGUGGGGGUGGGGGCUGCCCUGACUGUUGGAGCUCUGCUCCUCACCAUCUACUGCUAUAUGAAGAGGAGACACACAGGAGGAAGUGAUGACACAGCAGACACACAGAGUGUCCAUCCUGACCCUAACAGUGACAUGUACACAUCUCUGAACAUGAAGACCAGGUCACCAGAGUAUGACACCCUGGCAAAUGUGAGGGACUUCGCAGUGACACAGCCCUCAGAUACAUGCUGAGCCCUCCGAUUAUGAGAUCUUAAGAGAACCACCACAGAACCUGGACAAAAGAGAACCACCACAGAACCUGGACUGAAGAGAACCACCAAAGAUUCUGUACUGAAUAGAAUCUCCACAGAACCUGGGCAGAAGAGAACCACCAAAUAUUCUGGACUGAAGAGAACCACCACAGAACCUGGACUGAAGAGAACCACCACAGAACCUGGACUGAAGAGAACCACCACAGAACCUGGACUGAAGAGAACCACCAAAGAUUCUGGACUGAAGAGAACCACCACAGAACCUGGGCAGAAGAGAACCACCACAGAACCUGGACUGAAGAGAACCACCACAGAACCUGGACUGAAGAGCAACAGCAUCAAACCAAAGCUCGGCCUCACAAUGUUAUUCUCUUACUAUCAUGUUGCUUUUUAAUCUAGAAGGUUUGAGACAAUGAGCUUUAACUUUUGAGUAAGUGCUGGAAUUUAGAUUGUUCUCCUAAUGAUAAAUACAGUAUGUGCACUACCAUUCAAAAGUUUGGGGUCGCUUAAAAUGUCCUUGUUUUUGAAAGAAAAGCAAAAAAAAAAGUCCAUUAAAAUAGCAUCUAAUUGAUCAGAAAUGCAGUGUAGACAUUGUUAAUGUUGUAAAUUACUAUUGUAGCUGGAAAUGGCAGUUGUUUUAUGGAAUAUCUACAAAGGCAGACAGAGGCCCAUUGUCAGCAACCAUCACUCCUGUGUUCCAAUGGCACAUUGUGUUAUCCAAGUUUAUCAUUUUAAAAGGUAAAUUAAUCAUUAGAAAACCAUGUUGUAAUUAUGUUAGCACAGCUGAAAACUGUUGUGCUCGCUGAUUAAAGAAGCAAUGAAACUGGACUUCUUUAGACGAGUUGAGUAUCUGGAGCAUCAGCAUUUGUGGGUUCAUUUACAGGUUCAACAUGUCAACUUAUCUGUUUACUAUCUGUAGAUUGUAUUGCUUAUCUUUUUUAUGGGAUUUUGCCAAUUCCAGAUUUUUAUAACAUAUAAAGUUAUGUCUUGUCUUAGUGACACAAAAAGGAAUAAUAUUGACAAGAGCUUUUAAAUAUUUGUAUCUCUGGAGU